AUGACCCAAGAUUCUACUUUCCAGUCGAUCCAGGAUAUACUCCCUUCCAGAAGGAUAUGGCAAUCAGAGCGCUACGUAGCGCUGAAGAUCAGCAACUGCGACUUGGAAGACAUGGACGCUGCAGCCCACGAGCUCAGUAUCGAACGUCGCAUUGCACAGACAAAUCCUAAGCAUAGAGGCUUCCACUACGUCAGGACCUGCAUCGACAGCUUCGAGGAAAGGGGACCACACGGAACACAUCUGUGCCUGGUCUACGAGCCGAUGAGAGAGCCACUGUGGCUCUUCCAACGGCCUUGUCGGGGGAGGAAAUUCCCGCUGGGCCUGUUGAAAGCAUAUGUCAGGCUUCUUUUGCAAGAUCUCAAGGUCGACAACAUCCGGGCACAGGAAGCCCAUCCAAUGGCUCGAAAAGUCAAGGAUGGUCGAUCCAUCUACCUGUCUCACAAUGACUUCGGCUCUCUCCGCUCGUACAACAUCCUACCCAAGAUCACAGACUUUGGCCUGGCACAAAUCCAGCAAGAACCGGGCCAAUUGAAUAGACAUCCGAUCCAGCCCGACCACUACCGAGCGCCAGAAGUGAUCCUCGGCGCUGGAUGGGCGUAUGGUGUGGAUAUAUGGAAUCUCGGCGUGAUGGUAUGGUCGUCCUCUUCAUCUCGUCGUCAGACUCUUAACACAGCCUAUCCAGAUGUGGAAUUUACUCGAGAAUCGAGAUUUAUUUUGUCAAGUCCACGACCAGGAAGGGUAAUACAGUGCUGCCGCACAUCUGGCAGAAAUGAUCGCGCUGCUUGGUCCGCCACCGAAGGAACUUCUCGAUCGCGAGCGCGACGGCCGAAGGUGGAAUUUCGCGCCGGCGAUAAGGAACGCGGCAGGCAAGCUUUGCACAAAAGCGUACGAAUGCUGCUAAUGUUCAUCCUGGCAGGCAACUUUCUCUACGAGCACCUUGUUCCGCGUCAUCUGUUGUUGGAGGACACAGUCACUUCUCUCCAUGGAGAGGAGAAGCAGCAGUUUCUAGACUUUGCGAGCCAGAUGCUUCAGUGGGAUCCGGAUAAGAGGAAGAGUGCCAGAGAGCUUCUCGACGACCCGUGGCUUAGUGAGGAGUCUAUCAGACGUCUCGGGAAGGCUUACUAG